AUGAGUAACAAACUUCAACAAGUGAAAGCUUGUGGAAUUUGCUCCAAUACCGGUUAUCCUACCGAUGCUUGCCCAACCUUGCAAGAAGACACUCAAGAGGUGAAUGCUUUGGGCUAUCAAGGAAAUAGAAAGUAUGAUCCUUAUUCCAAUUCGUACAAUCCCGGUUGGAAAGAUCAUACGGCUUUCAGUUACAAGCAAGGGAAUCAAAACUUUCAAGGGAAUCAAAAUCUUCAAGGGAACCAAAAUCUUCAACAAGGAAAUCGACCUCCUCCAUUCAAGCAACCAUAUCAACCUCAAGGGCAAUCAUCUAGCUCUAACUCAAUGUCCACUGAAGAUAUGAUCAAAGCCUUGACUAAGAAUGUGACUACCAUGCAGUCCAAUAUGGUGCAAUUUCAACAAGAGACCAAGUCAAGCAUUUACAACUUGGAGAAACAAGUGGGCCAAAUGUCUAGUGUCAUGAAUAGGCUUGAGGCCCAAAAUUCUGGAAAAUUGCCAUCUCAAACCGAGGUGAACCCCAAGAAGAAUGUGAGUGUUGUGACAUUAAGAAGUGGCAAGGAGCUUAUUGAUCAUGCGCCCGAAAAGGGCAAGGUUGUGGAAGAGAAGACAAGAGUGGAAGAUGAGGAGGUGGAGGUUCUUACUCCUUCCAAAGAGGUGGAAAAAGUGGUGAGUCCUAGCUCUCACCAAGAGGUAAAAUCUUUCCCGGAUUACAAACAGACACCCCCUUUCCCCGAUACACUUAAGGACAAUCGUAAGCUUGAUUUCUCUAAUGAUAUUUAUGAAACAUUUAGCCAAUGUAAUGUGAAUAUUCCUUUGUUGCAAUUGAUUAAGACUGUGCCUUUGUAUGCUAAGUGGUUAAAAAAGAUGUGUUCAAUAAAGAGGAAAAGUGGUGUUAAAGGGAAACGAACAGUUAAGGUUAGUGAACAUGUGUCCGCUGUUUUCCGAAACAGAAUGCCAAAGAAAUGUGAUGAUCCGAGCAUGUUCACUAUUCCUAUAACUCUUGGUGACACUAAGAUUGAUAGGGCCAUGUUAGAUUUAGGAGCCUCCAUCAAUGUGCUUCCUUAUUCUUUGUAUGAGUCCUUGACACUUGGUGAUUUGCUUCCUACCAAUGUUGUUAUCCAACUUGCGGACAGAUCCACUUCCAUUCCUAGAGGUGUAGUUGAAGAUGUUCUUGUGGUAGUUGAUAAGUUGACUUUUCCUGCUGAUUUUUAUGUGAUAGAUUUGGAACAUGAUAAGCAUUCGGCCCCUAUUCUUUUAGGGAGGGCGUUCUUGAAAACGGCUAAGACUAAGAUUGAUUGUGACACCGGUUCUUUGGCCAUGCAGUUUAAUGGUCAAAUCAUUGAGUUUAAUAUGUAUGAUGCCAUGAGAUACCCUAAUAUUGAGGAUCACUCUCUCUGUGCCAUUGAUGUGUUUGAGCCAUGUGUUCAAGGUGUGUUUGAUGUCUUACAUGAUGAUGAUUUGCAAAGUGUUUUGGACUUUAGUUUGAAUGCUGAUUCUUUGGAGUUUUGUUUGCCAGAUAAUGUGCUUGAAAUUGUUGUUGAAUUGAAUGAGCUUUCCAAACUCCCUUUGAAUCCUUCAAACUAUAAGCCCAUACCGCUUACUGUGCCUAGCACAAGACCGCUUCCUUCUGUUGUGCAGGCCCCCGAUGUUGAGCUCAAAACUCUCCCGGAGCAUUUGAAGUUUGUCUUCCUAGGUGAGAAAGAGACUUUGCCAGUUAUCAUUUCCAACAAGUUGACCUUGGAACAAGAGAGCAAGUUGGUGGAGGUGCUCAAGGAGCAUUCGACGGCGAUUGGAUGGUUAAUUGCGGACAUCCGUGGCAUUAGUCUAUCCACAUGUAUGCAUAGGAUCUUGUUGGAAGAUGAAGCUAAGCCGGUGAGGCAACCUCAAAGGCGUUUGAACCCACCCAUGAUGGAGGUGGUAAAGAAGGAGGUAAUAAAGUUGUGUCAAAUGGGUAUUAUCUACCCCAUCUCCGAUAGUAAAUGGGUAAGUCCUACACAAGUGGUGCCAAAGAAAGGUGGUGUCACAGUGAUUCCUAAUGCAAAUGACGAAAUGGUACCCACCCGAACUUAA